AUGGCCACAGUCUCUGAACCAAAACAACAAAAUGGACAUAGCGAUCCUCGAGCACAACUAGAACAAACUAUAGAUCAGUUGCUUACUAAAAUAUGGGAAAUCAUGGUACAACUUAACGAGUAUGAUUCAGAAAAUAAGUGGGCAGUGAGUCGCUCUUUGACUGAUUUGGUUGCUUGUUUUGAAGAAGUGAACAUACUUCAAGAAAAGAUUCAGCACAUACAAGUUCCUAUGAAAGUAAUAGAAUUUAUUGACGAAGGACGUAAUCCUGAUAUCUUCAUGGCUGAUUACGUGGAUGAAGUUAUGCAAGAGAACCAAGCGGUUAAAGUCAAAAAUGAAGCAAUACAAUGGGAAAUUUAA